AUGGAUCGAACGGAAGAAACUGCUCGCGUAUCCCCGGACAACGACUCGCAAGGAAAGGUGGCGAUGGUCAAGCAAGAAGGAGACGAGGAUCUUUGCAAGCCUCUCGCGGCGAAAGCAACUCCCAAGAUGAUCCCACAGAAAGCUGCUCGCAGGCGGUUCAUUAUCCGUCAAAAUUCUGUGCGGCGCUUCGGACCUGGCACGAAAUCGAACCUAGUCAUUGGCAAGAUGGCCUUCGUUAGGCUUUGCCAGUCUGUUGCCUCUGAGAUUGGUCAUCGUCGCCUUCGCUUUGAUGGGGCUGCAAUGAACGCGGUUCAAGAAGUAUGCGGAGCCUUCCUCGUCAAUUAUUUCUCCGCCCUUAAUGUUAUUGAGAAUCGUGCAAACCGUGCCACGGUCAUGCUCACCGACGCCGCACUUUUGAAGCAGGCGUUGGACGUCCUCGAGCUUACUCCGAAAGAAAAACCUACAAGCAAUUAG